AUGCGUAAUCGCGGAAUGAUACGAGAUCUCGCCGAAAGUAUCCAGAGCAUCUUUUGUCUAUACAACCAACUGAACGCCUCGGUGACGCUCAUCUCCCCAUGGUAUCCUUAUGAUGCCAGCAUCUUCCCCGUGGCUUAUUCCAAGUUUCAUCUACUGCAGUCUGGUACAUCAAGUCACUUCCGACUUCUUGAUCCUCAUUGGCCUCAAUCGCUCAAACUAGUCGAUCACUCUACCGUCCCUAUGGUAAACUUUUUGACAACGCAUCAAGGCCAGGUAACUCCAGCUUGCCGAGUGUGGAUUAUACCCUCUGUGGAUCAAGGGGUCUGGUAA